GGCUGGACUGUCGCCCUCGAUCCCCUUGCGACGUUUCUUUUCUCGCUCGAAAACUGCGAUUGAAACCAGAACUUUCUGCAGCGACUCUACCGACACAGAGCUGUCGGUGUCCCGGACUCACGGAUUUAUCGCAGCUGCCGGCCGCUCGGGAAAGUGCACGGUGUCUGACCUCUGCUUUUUUGCUGAAAACAACGGAUCUAUACGGUGUAGUUCCUUAACGUUGGCAUCGCUUUAGUUGUUAUACAAAACAAAGGAAAAUGACUCAGUUUAACAAGGGACCGACCUAUGGAUUAUCGGCUGAAGUAAAAAGCAAGAUCGCCCAGAAGUAUGACAUGCAGAAAGAGGAGGAACUGCGCUUCUGGAUCGAGGAGGUGACAGGCAUGCCUAUUGGGGACAGCUUCCAGAAAGGUCUGAAGGACGGAGUCAUCCUGUGCGAAUUAAUCAACAAACUAGAGCCUGGUUCAGUGAAGAAAAUCAAUCAAUCACAACUGAACUGGCAUAAGUUAGAGAACCUAGGGAACUUUAUCAAGGCCACUCUGGACUAUGGCCUGAAACCGAAUGACAUCUUUGAAGCCAAUGACCUUUUUGAGAACGGGAACAUGACUCAGGUUCAGACUACAUUGCUUGCCCUGGCCAGUAUGGCAAAGACCAAAGGUAUGGACACAAAGAUUGACAUAGGUGUGAAGUAUGCAGAUAAGCAAGUGCGGAAUUUUGAUGACGACAAGUUGAAGGCGGGUCAGUGUGUGAUUGGACUGCAGAUGGGGACCAACAAAUGUGCCAGCCAAGCUGGUAUGACUGCUUAUGGGACAAGACGACAUCUUUAUGACCCAAAGGCUCAGGCAGAAAAGCCAUUUGACCAGACAACCAUCAGCCUUCAGAUGGGUACAAACAAAGGGGCCAGUCAGGCUGGCAUGGCAGCCCCAGGGACCAGAAGGGACAUCUUUGACCAGAAGGUGGCGCAGCAACCAUUAGACUCCUCCACCAUCUCACUGCAAAUGGGCACCAACAAGGUGGCCUCCCAGAAGGGCAUGAGCGUGUACGGUCUGGGCCGGCAGAUAUAUGACCCCAAGUACUGCGCCACACCGCAGGACCCUGUCAUCCACACUAACGGCAGCCAGGGCACCGGCACAAACGGCUCCGAGAUCAGCGACAGCGACUAUCAAGCCGAGUAUCAUGACGAGUACCAAGGCAGUUACCACAAUGAGUACAGCGGCCACUACAACGACCAAAGCGUUGACUAUUAAGCUGAGCAAUCCUAUUAGCUAGAGCAGUAUUAAGAAGUAUAUUUUAUCAACGGGGCGAGUAUUUUUUUAUUUUGUUUUGUUUUUUUUGCUUUUCUUGCUAGUCCUUUCUUGUUUUAUUCAUAGUAUAAAAUAUUGCCUUAAACCAACACUUUCCUCCAGGAAUAGCAAUACUUUUAACUGUAGAAUUGUAUACAAAGGAGUGGUGUUGUGUUACCUGUUUAAACAUUCCUUUUUUUACCCUUUUAUGAGUUUUAUUUUCAACUAUGUCACUUUUUCAGCUUUUAUCUCCUGGAAUUUCCUCAAAUGAAAUGUGCGUCUUAAGGUUGAAUCAUUCUGUGUCCUUAACCGUGUCUGAGGUUUCUUUUAAAAAAAAAAAAAAAAACUAGAUUACUUUGUCCAUAGAGGUAAGAAUUUAUUGAUAAGUGACCUUGAUGGAUUAGUGAAGGCGAGUAAUGGAAACCUUUGUCUUUUUAAAUUUGACAUUAAAUCACUGGAACACUUUCCCCCUCCUAGAAAAUGUUAAAGCAAAUAGACAAAAUAAGCAGAAUUAGGUGUUUCUUUGUGCCAUAAUACCCCUGUACACUUAACCCCUCCUUUCCCCUUCCUUAUGUAUUUAUUAUCAUGCAUCUCCAGCAUAAAUUUUUUGUUGUACGUUUCUUUUCUGGAAUAAAUUCAAUGAUAUGAGAAAUUAA